AUGGCAGCCGAAGAUGACAUUGCUGUUGUGGGGAUAGGAUGCAACUUUCCAGGAGGUGAAGGAAUUGACAGUUUCUGGGAAGUUCUGGAGAAUGGCAGAAACUGCACUACAGAAAUACCUCCAGAAAGAUUUGACAUUAGAGAGUGGUAUGAUGCAGAUGGCAGCAAAGCAGGUAAAACACGCACGAGCCGUGCUGCUCUUCUGGAUGAAUUUAAUGCCUUUGACAACAAGCUGUUUGGCAUUAGCAAUGAAGAAGCGGAGCAUAUGGACCCUCAGCAAAAGCUGCUCCUGGAAUGCACCUACAGAGCACUGGAAGAUGCCGGAGUCACUCCUGAAGACAUCAGUGGCACCAAAACUGGAGUUUUUGUGGGUCUAAUGAAUCGAGACUUUGAGUCUAUAAGUAGAAGAGCUGUUGCCAAAAUUAACCAUUUUGAUGGCACUGGGACAGCGAUGAGCAUAGCGGCUAAUCGGAUUUCAUAUACUUUUAAUCUGCUUGGCCCAUCACUUGCUAUGGAUACUGCUUGUUCAUCAUUCCUAUAUGCUUUGCAUUUUGCCUGCAAAGCCAUUAGACAAGGAGACUGUGAAGCUGCUCUGUGUGGAGGAGUGAACUGUAUCAUAGAUCCACGGAUAUUCGUAUCACUGAGUAAAGCAAAGAUGAUUUCUCCUGAUGGAAUCAGCAAACCCUUUUCUAGAAAGGCCGAUGGCUACGGAAGAGGAGAAGGUUGUGGUGUUCUUUUGUUAAAGCCACUGGCAAAGGCAAAAGAAGAUUUCAACAAAAUAUGGGGAGUUAUCAGCAUCAGUGCCGUCAGCCAGAAUGGAAGAUCAGUCACUCCAAUCACCAGACCAUCCCAACAGGAACAGGAAAACUUGCUGCGCAGCAUUUAUGCAUCUCAUAUUGAUCCUUCCAUGCUGCAGUAUAUUGAGGCCCAUGGCACAGGAACCCCUGCCGGAGAUCCCACUGAGGCCGAGAGUAUAGGCAACGUCCUUGGUAAAAAGAGGCCUCCCGACCUGCCUGCCCUCAAGAUGGGCUCCGUUAAAGGGAACAUUGGGCACACAGAGUCGGCUGCCGGGGCUGCAGGCUUAAUCAAGGUUCUUCUCAUGAUGCACCAUGGAAGGAUCGCCCCCUCCUUGCACUUUUCUGAGAGCACCAGCAGCAUCGAUACACAGAAAUUAAACCUCUCCAUUCCAACCCGUGUGGAGAAGUGGGAGGAGUCUAGUGAAUUGGGCAGGGUGGCUGGGGUCAACUGUUUUGGAUUUGGGGGCACCAAUGCCCAUGUUGUUGUCAGACAGGUUAAACAAAGCCAGAUUCUUCCCCCAAUGAAAAGGCCUGUUGAACUGUUUGUCCUUUCUGCGGCCUCAGGGCACUCUCUCAAACUGGCACUGGAAGACACGGCUAGACGUGUGAACACAAGUGAGUCAGUAAUGCUUCCAAAUCUGGCUUAUACAUCUGCAUGCAGAAGAAGCCACCUAAAGUUCAAAUACAGAAAAGCAUUUGUAGUGUCUUCUCUGCAGGACUUAGAGCAGCAACUUCUAUCUGCAGCCAAAAAGGAAACAGUCCCAUCCAAGAAGGCCCCACAGCUGAUUUUUGUCUUCUCUGGUAAUGGCCUGAAUUUCCCAGGGAUAUGUAAAAUCCUGCUGAGAACUGAGCCAAUAUUUAGAGAGAAGUGUCUUGAAAUUAAACAAUUAUUCCAGCAGCUGUCUCCCACUGGGAUGCUGGAAUUGACUGAAAGUGGGCAUAAGAAUUUGUCGAGGCCCGAAAUAGCCCAGCCCUUACUCUUCAUCCUGCAGGUGGCCUUGGCCACUCUCCUGCAGCACUGGGGAGUGAAGCCGAUUGCUGUUAUUGGCCACUCGGUUGGCGAGGUCGCUGCUGCCCAUUGUGCUGGCUUCAUUUCCCUGGAAGAUGCUGUCAAAGUCAUCUAUCACAGGAGCAGGUUACAGGCAAAGGUCAUGGGAGGGAGAAUUCUGGUUGUUGGAAACAUCCCCGUUCGAGAGGUGUCGGAAGCCAUUGGCGCGUACUCUGGGAAGGUUUGCAUUGCAGCCUUUAACAGCCCUCAGUCUUGUAUCUUGUCUGGAGAUGCAGAUUCUAUCAAUGCUGUUCAGAAAGAUCUAUCCAGAUGCUUUGAUGAAAGAGAUGUAUUCGUUCAAGUUCUAAAUAUACCACUUGCAUAUCACAGCUACAUGAUGGAGCCAGUACUGCAAGAGUUGGUCCAAAGUCUAUCAGGAUUAAAGAAAGGGAAGCCAGAAAUUAAUCUAAUUUCCACCGUAACAGGGAAAGCGGCAUCAGAUGGUGAUUUUGUCACUGGCAGCUACUGGGCCAGACAGGCUAGAGACCCUGUGCUGUUUGCACAAGCUAUAACAAUUUCAGCGAAAGACAAAGAACAUAUUGUGUAUGUAGAAAUAGGUCCUCAUGGAGCAUUGCUCAAGUACAUCAAUGAAACACUAGGAACACAAACUCAAGUUUUCCCUGCCUUACAAUUAGACAAAGAGUAUGUGACACUUCUUACGCUUAUAAAAGACAUUUUUGAAUUGGGAUUGAAUGUGAAUUGGCAUCACUUCUAUGAAGGCUAUCAAAAUGUACCAUCACCAUGUCCUAAUUAUCAGUUUGAUCAUAAGAACUUCAUGCCACUUUUGAACAUUAACCAAGAAGCAGCUAGUCGGUUUGCAAGCUCAAGCCAUCCUUUAAUUCACAAGGCAAACCUUGACAACACAGAAUUUACCUGUUCUGUCUCUAAGUCACUCACACCAUAUUUGUAUGAGCAUAACCACCAUGGUGUGGCCUUAGUCCCUGGGGCUUUUUUCAUGGAACUCGCGCUGGCAGCUGUACUGACAAACUCACGACCCAAAAUACCUUUACGGUUGUGUGAGAUGAAUAUAACAUUUAUCACACCGUGCAUUUUAAAUGAAGAUUCCCAUGAUUUGAAGAUUAAAGUAGAGUCACAAAAAACAGUGUCAGAAUUCAGAAUACUAUCUGGAUCAGCUAAUAUAGUUUGUGCCUCAGGAAAAGUCACAAAGACUUCUGAAAUACCAAUGGAAGAAAAGAGCAUUUCCUUACCAGACAUUUUUCAGAGGUGUAGAUCUGUUAUUAGUGAAGACAAGGUCUAUGAAGUAUUGUCACAGUUUGGAUUCCACUAUGGUCCUACUUUCAAGCAGCUAAGUGAUGUGUUUUAUUGUGAAGAGCUGAAGGAAGCAAUAACAACUGUUAAAGUGAAGAGACAGACAGCAGAAGAAAUGUCUGAUUAUUACAUCCAUCCAAUGCUCUUAGAUUGUUUUCUACAACUGGCAGGACUUCUAGCCACAGUUACUUGCAGGAACAAAGUAGGCUUUCCUUCUGGCAUAAGCAGCCUUGCCAUGGCUCGAUCUUUGGAAGAGGAAAUGAUACUGUAUUUGAAAACAAGCUCAUCCACUGAAGACUAUGUAGAGUUUUGCGGGGGCUUCAUAGAUAACUAUGGCUUUGUUUUGGCAGAACUGAAAUGUGUUCGGAUCACCUUUGUCAAGGAAAUUCCCAGGAAAGAGAGUGAUUUAUUGUUUGAAAACAGGUGGAAAGAAAUAACGUCUGACGAAAGAUCACAAAAUCUACCCAAAGCACCAAGAGUUGUGGUGUUUGCUGACAAAUUUGGAAUAGCACAACAACUCAAGAAUUACUUACAUAGUGAGUCAAGGUUUGUAAUGUAUCAGGACUGGGACAAACGAAUGGUGUCUAAGAGAGCAGACCCGAAUGGACAAGAUAGGAUGAACCUGGAGCUGCAGGGCUACCAUGAUGUUCUGUUUAUGUGGGGAAUCCAAAAACUAAAUGAAACAUUACCAGAUAAAGUCCUAAAGUAUUUAGUGAGGUGCUGUGAGGCGUUUCGGCAAGUAGUUACUGCGUUACGGGAAAAGAAGGCCAGUUGUUCAGUCACAGUAAUAACCUACAGGACAUCAGGAGGGACGGUAGAUCACAUAAAUCCUGGCUUUGGGCUGUAUGGGCUGGCUAGAACAUGUAUGAUUGAAGCGCCUGAAAGCGCAUUUCAGAUUAUUGAUAUUAGCUCUACAAGCACAGCCAACAUCUCAGCCUUAGCAGAUGUUCUGGUAAAGUAUAAAGCACAGCAUUAUCCAGAAGUGUGGAUUAAUGAAGGAAGAAUUUAUAGUUCUGAAAUUAGGCGCACCCAGAUUGAAGCCACAGCAUUCAAUAUACCUUCCCAGCCCCUUCAGAAAUCAGAAAUGUGCCUGUUGUAUACAUCACAUCCAUAUAAAGCGAAUAAUCUGUCAGCUAAAGUCGCCAGAUUGAAUACUUCUCUUGGUAGCCACAGUGUUGAAGUUCAAACUGGAAGAAUCGGCAUCCAUUCAGAAGAUUAUUUUCCAGUUAGCGUUUCCAGCUGUAACUUUGGGAAAACUUUAUAUUGGAAUUCACAUGCAACACAUAAACAUAAGCUAUUAAUGCUAGACUUCAGUGGAACUGUAACGGCAGUAGGUGGUGAAGUGAAAAAGAUCAAGGUAGGAGAUCAUAUCGUUUCAUGCUAUCCAGUUUCUGCAGCUUCAGUCACUAAUAUUCCGGAAACAGUUUGUUUCAAUACCCAGAAAUUUCCAUGCUUUAAAAACGUUCCAUGUAUGUCAUUCUUCUGGAUAGCAUGGGUAGUUUUUCAGCAAACACUGCCAAAGCCCAAACAUGGUGAAAUCUUAGGCAUUAUUUCCAUUGAGCCGGAGUCAGUUUUGUGCAAAGUCCUUGCUUUUUCAGCCCAGGAAGCAGGAUGGAAAACAAUACCUACAAACUAUAUGACUGGUUUAUGGCAACGGGUUAAUCAGUGUAAUGCCCUAAUUUUUCUGCCUCCACUCAAUGAAAUCUUUAAAGAGGCUCUAACUUGUCUUUUCCAUCUUCGAGAUGUUGUAUUGGUUCAUGGUAAUCAACAGCCGGAAUGUCUGCAGCAUCUGAUGGGUAGUGGUCAUGAAAAUAUCCACAUCCAUACUGUUAAUCUUACCCAUAUUUUUCAAAAAGCAUCUCUGAUACAAUCCCAGAAGGAUAUCUACUGGUGGCUUAAAUCAUUGAAUGUGAAACAAUUAAAACAUCUCCCAUUUUCCAUUUUCCAGCAAGCCGGAAAGUCUGAAAUAGCAGAUAUUGCUAAAUCCUAUUUCAACUGCGUUAGUGUCUCAGUUGCAGUACUUAAAGAUGAUCUGGAGGACAUUAAGAUGUCAGAUGUAACAAAUAUUCCAACAGAUAGGAAGCUAUUUAAGCAGAAUGUAGUUUACAUAGUCACAGGGGGACUCGCUGGCCUUGGCUUCGAAACAGUAAAAUUUGUGGCACAGAAUGGAGGGGGUCACAUUGCAAUCCUUUCGUGCACAAACCCGGAUGCUGAGAUGCAAAAGGAAAUAAAUAAUCUUCAGGAUCAAUGUGAGUGCUGCAAAAUAGUCACCUUGCAAUGCAACGUUGCUUUCAGUUCUGAGGUUGAGAAGGCUAUCAAGUCGAUCAAUAAAUUUUUUCCAAACUGUCCAGUCAAAGGAGUAUUCCACAGUGCCAUGGUUUUACGUGAUGGCUAUCUGGACAAACUGACCAUGUCUGACUUUGAGGAAGUUUUAAAACCAAAGGUAGCAGGAGCAAUCAACCUUCACUGGGCCACUCUAGGGCAGACACUUGACCAUUUUGUAUGUUACUCAUCUCUUUCAUCCCUUCUUGGAAAUGCGACACAGUCAAAUUAUGCAGCUGCCAAUUCCUUCCUAGAUCUCUUCUGCCACUAUAGGAGGAACAGUGGCCUUUCUGGGCAGUCCAUUAACUGGGGUGCCUUAAACCUGGAUGCAUUACUAGGUCAACACCAUCCUCAAAGCAUGUUACAAGCCAAAGGUAUAGAGGUUCUGCAAGUGAAUGAAAUUCAUGAAUACCUUAAAAAAAUUUUAAUUCUGAACAAUCCCCAGCAAGCUGUGGCAAAAUUCAAUUUUCAGACUUUAGCUAGUUAUGUUUUAUCUCGCAAUUGGUCACUCCGGAGUCGUUUGCAUAACCUUGUCUCUGAAGAGACCAGUAACAAUUUUGAACUUACUGGUGAAGUGGCUGCAGGACAGAAUAACUCUCCAGAUGGACUUGAGGAUUACAUGAUUUCACUUUUGAACAGCCUCUGUGACACAACCCCUGGUGACCUUUCAGUGCAUUUGUCACUCACAUCAUUGGGCCUGGACUCUAUGUUAGCUCUUACGCUGCAGAAGCGUGUCUUUGUGGAAAAGAGAGUGGAAAUACCUCUUCUGAAAAUACUUGAUCCUUACUCAACUGUGUCGACUCUGAUUUUACAUUUGAAAGAAAAUGUGAACACAUCAGACUCUCAAGUAGCUGAUAGUAGUUGGUUGUAGGCAGUGUUCCCUCCAAGCUGAGUUAGUGUGAGCUAGCUCACAAUUUUUUAGCCUC